UCACUGUGGCGUGGAGCAUAUGCUCCAAUGUCAAAAUGGCCCCGUCUGUGGCGUGGAGCAUAUGAUCCACAAAAUGUAGGUUCACAUUUCGCGGCACAGCACGCUCAAUUUUUAUUAGAUUGCAUUAAGAUUACUACAGUACGUUCCUGACGAACCGGGCUGUAUAAUGAUAUACGCCUUGGAUACGGCCUAGAAGGAAAAUAAAAAGUUAUCUGUCAUCAAAGUUACUCUAUUUUCAUUACGCACUUUGCCUACUUGCCGCCUUGAGUGAGCUACGUUGGCAGAGUUUUAAUACUUGAAAUUUGUAUUAGAUCAUAGAACGGUAAAUAUUCUUCAAUUAUUUAUCUAUUUUGUGAGGUUUGUUAGCAAUUUUCAUUGAAAAAAGCUGUGAUGAAUGCAAAAGUACCCUAAGUAUGAACGACGUCUGUUCCGAUUCAUUGACUUUUAAAUGAUCUAAAUUACCACUAAUCUCUAAAUGUUUCUUUUAUUAGUUGCAGUAUUUAUCAUUUUAGCUAAAUACGUAAACAUGAGGCAUAUUCUGAUGUAAAACGUGAGAAAUAUCAAUAAAAGUGUGUAACGGUGUUUUGUGGAUCAAAUGCUCCAAGCUCACAGACACGGUUUGACAUUAGUUUGACAUUAGUUUGACAUUAGUUUGAAGUUUUUUUUGGUGGGGUGACUAACAUGGAUUUCCGGUCGUCGGCUUUUUUAUUAUGACUUUAAAUUAAUUUGACUAUUUAUUUUAUUGUAUUUACGUCUACUUUUUAUUUUUAUUAACCAUUUUGAUGCGCUGUUUUAUCUAUGAAGCGACUUGAAAAGUGCCAUUUUUUUCUUUACAGUGAGCUGUUGCUGCGUAGGAAGAAUGUCAUCUAACGAAGAAAAUUUGCCCUCAACCUCAGGCCAAGGCCAAGGCCGUGGCCGUGGCCGCGGUCGCGGUCGCGGUGCCAAUAGAGGCAGAGGUGCUGAGGAUCCGGAAGCACUUCUUACUGUCAGAGCCGCCCGACAAGUUUCGCAAAGACAUUUUGCGAACUUGUCGGCGGCCGACAAGGACGACCUUCCCGACGCGCCUCCGCGCAAACGGCGAACUUUAAAUGCUUCUCCUGAGAGGGAGCUGCCCGAAGUAGUGGAUCCACUGCAACCUACGCCGCAAGUGGAUCCACUACAGCCAUCAACUUCGUGGCAACCGACGCCGCCUCUACAAGUGCCGGCUGACGUCGAGUUUGUUCACAACGAGGAAAAGCGUUUUCCUUUUAUAAAAUCAUAA